AUGAAUAGUAAGGUAGGAGGGAAGGUCACAUACGAAGAAAUCCUUCUGAGACAUCAGCAGCACCUGCAGCGACAAAGAGAUGUCAUUGCCUACAGGAUGAAGAAGCUGGCAGCUAAGCAGGAGGAGAUAACUAAAAAGACUAACGCAGUGAAGGAGAAAAUCAGGAAGAAGUAUGAGGACAUGAAGAGGGUCUUGGACGAGGAUCUUCGUAUCACUCUGACUCAGCUGGACACAGAGCACGAGGCCACAGAGAAGUUAGUGGAGGAGAGGAUAGAGGACUGCUACCACCUCACCCAGGAGCUGAACCAGGAACUGGACAACCUUAGCGCCCACGUGAUAAAGGACACGCAAGAAACUGACUUUCAGACUGCUGAAACAGAAAAAAGAAUUUCUGAGACUCUGAAGCUGACUGACCCUGACCUGAUCCAGAUGGAUGAGUUCAAGAACGAACAACUGCUGAGUCUUACCAUCAACCUGCUGCUGUUCAUCAGAUCCCAGGUCCCUGUCACCAAGAAGCUGUUUCAGAGCUAUGCUGCAGAUGUUGUCCUCGACGCUGACACCGCACACCCCAAGCUGAUUAUCUCUCCCAAAGGUGACUCAGCCACCUACAUAGACACCUGGCAAGAUGUCCGUGAGACUCCCACCCGCUUCAACAACACCCUAAACGUAAUCAGCCAGGAGGGCUUCAGCGAGGGCCGCCAGUACUGGGAGGUGGAGGUGAGUGGGAAGACCUACUGGGAGCUGGGGCUCACCUACCCGAGCAUCCCACGCAAAGGCCGCGAGGAGGAAUGCUGGCUGGGCCGAGGCAAAGAGUCUUGGUGUGUGGAAUACUUCAAUGGAGACUACACUGCGUGGCAUGGUGGUGUGCAGCAUGAGCUGCCUCUGCUGGCAGGAAGACAGUUCACACGCAUUGGGGUAUACUGCAGCUUCCCCGGGGGGUUGGUGUGCUUCGUUGGAGCUGAUACGAUGACCCCCCUCCACUGCUUCUGUGCCGGGACCUUCACUGCCACUUUAUAUCAAGCGAUAUGUCCUGGUCAUGACAAUGAGGGCACAAACUGGAAGUCCCUUAAAAUCUGUGAUGCUUCCCGAUCACCUCCUGUUCUCUGAGCUGGGGCAUUCAGGCAGGAAGAAUGGGGGCAGAGGUGGUCAAGAAUGUGCUGCACCCCGGGGCAUGCGCAUCAGGUGCCUGAUCAGAGUUGGUGCAUGUCAGGUUAGUCAAAAUACCUUGGAGGUGA